UGGCAAUCAGAGUUAAAUCUUGUGUGCACGGGUAUAUAUAUAUUUCAGUUUUCCCUGUUUCGAUACUUUGUUCUGCAGCCUCUAAGCACAAAACAAGCGUAACUGUUCAGAAGAGAGAUGAAGACCUUGGGCGCACUUCCUGCCCUGUUCGGGAUCCUGCUCCUCCUGCGGGGCUCGCAUUCAGCCACGGAGCCCUACCUUACCCUGUACUCUGAAUUGGAACUCCCAGGGCACCUGUUUCACGCUCAAGAGAGGAAGUCAUUACAUAAGAAACUUCGAUGAUAAAGCCAAGUCUAUCUGCGGAGUUGGAGUAUGGUUCCUGUAUGAGGACAUACCAGGACUUAGCAGUAUGUCGUCCCUGGUAUCGUCAGCACGAUACGCAGGUACCCAGGACAUCUAUGAGGAUUCCUUAACCAUGUAUUUCCAUGGCGACCAUAAAGGACCCGAGUACUUGGUCGUGAGAGACAUCGACUUCUUGAGAGAGGUCUUCGAAGACGUGGCUUCGAGCUUCGUCAUCACUGGAAGUUCCAGCUGGACGGUGCACGAGCACCCAGACAUGACCGGGAAAUCAGCUUGCAUGGAACCAACACAGCAAGGAAACUGGUUCUAUGGGAUUUUUGACGUGGCUGAUCUACAUGGCUUCGGAAACGAUAUGGUUUCCUCAGUGUCAAAGGGGUGCAACAGCGAAAACAUUUUCAAAUAUGUACCAAAAUACCCUUGAGGAUUUAUUUCUUAAGAAAAAUAUAUUUUCUUGAUGUUU